AUGUCCGCUUUCAAUACCGUCGGGAAUAUUGUGUUGUCCGGGGACGUUAUGGGGAAGAAGCUCGACGAGGAGAGGAUUAGGAGGAACAUAGCCAAGUAUUUGGGAAGGUUGAUAGCAUUUGCUUCCGGAAUUGUGGAGGAGAGGACUCGGGAGAGGGAAUCAGAAAUCGGAAAGGAAAGGAAAGAUUUGUUAGACGCGUUGCUUGACGAAGGUGAAGUUGACGAGGAUGGGCUCGAUAAGCUUUCAGCUAAGAACAUUGCAAUUGUCAUAUUGGAAAUGUUUUUCGGUGGAACAGAGACGACGAGCACCACCAUCGAGUGGGGAAUGGCUGAGUUACUCCGCCAUCAGAGCUCGAUGGAAAAGAUCCAAGACGAGAUCGACCGGGUCGUGGGGCGUACCCGCAGAGUCCAAGAGGAUGACUUGACCCCAAUGCCUAUUUGCAGGCAACCGUAA